CGAUUGUAUCCAGAGUUGACCUCAUCCGUACUUGAAAGCCGCCGACCUUGCCUUCCACCCUCUCACUCCCGAAUCCAGGCGGAUGCCAUGCGAGGCAGGAACCCACCCUCCUGACUCUACUCUUCAAAAACGAGCAUAGCAUCUCGCGCCUGCAGUACUCUUCACAAUGUCCUUCCUCCGUAAGACGUCCGACGCUUACGCCCUCUCCUCCGUGUUCCCGACAUAUCUACUUCAGUCCGUACCCUUCCGGCGCAAAUCGCGACAGUCAAGUACCGACAGCAACAGCUCCGUCGAAUCCUAUACAUCAAACACUACCUGCACAUCCUCUUCUUCGAACCCCUUCACAAGAUGUCCAACACCCACCCCAAUCCCCGCUUCAGCAUCCUCCGUCAUCAUCCCACCCGAGGACAAAUUCCUCAACGGUCACAGCUCGCAUAUCCAAUGCGCAAAGUGCUCUACAGACCUAUGCCUCACAUCCCAGAUCAUCAGCAAGGGCUUCACAGGCCGGCACGGACGAGCAUAUCUCGUCCAGGGAACGACCAGCCAUAUCCAAACCACAGCCCCAGCCCUGCCGAACACAUACCAGAACAAAUCCAUUCCACGAAACCUCGUGACAGGCCAGCACAUUGUCAGUGACAUCAGCUGUGCCAUCUGCGGGAGCGUCCUUGGCUGGAAAUACGUCGAAGCCAGCGAAGACAGUCAAAAGUACAAGGUGGGAAAGUUCAUUCUCGAGACCAAACGCAUCAGAACGAGUGUCUCGUGGGAGGAGGAUGAAGAUCCAGACUUGGGAGUGACAGCCUACGAUGAGAUAUUGCCUCUUUCACCGCGCGAUCUGAGGAAGAUGGUGGACGCGCCAGGUUCCGCCAACGCUAAAGACGAACCGGAGUUCGACUCGCAGGACGAAGACGAGUGUGAGGACCUGUUUGCCGGCGUCUGGAGUCCUCAACUGGCCUCCAAGAGAAGGCAAAGAAAAGGAGAGCGCUUUGGCAAGCGUCCUCCAGGUGACCGGAUCAAUUUGGUUCCCUCGAGCAGCGCCGACACUUUAUCAUGAUUUAUGAGAUGAGUACGACACCCAUCAUGGACGACGACAUGUGUCCACAGUGGAUGCCUCUCAAGAAGAUGGCUUCUGCAAUUACGAUACGAAUUGAUACCCGCCGGCGGAAAUGGAGGACGCUACCUUUGUUGCUUACCUACGAUUUGCGCUUUAUGGUCUUGAUCAUUGAUUUGACGACACCCUAAGUCGGCGUUACUCGGUUUGGUGUCGGCACAAUUUUAUCAUAUGAUACCCCCUAAUCAUGAGGAUGGCGUUUUAUAGUGCACCUUAUGUUUGUUCAGCA